AUGGAGGAGACUAAAAGCAAAUCUAGGAAGGAGGGAUCUGAGAAGGAGCGCAGUAGGGAAAAGGAGAGGAAUGGGGACAGGCAUAGAGACAGGGACCGGGAUGGUCGCCAUGAUAGAGAGAAGAGUGUUGAUGACAAGUACCGGGAGAAAGGAAAGCACAAGAGUAAACGACGUGAGAAGGAACAAGACCAUGAAAAAACCAGGAGCCGUGAUGAUGAAAGGGUUCGAGACAAGUUGAAAAGUAAAGAAAAAGAGAGGGAAGAGAGAGAGUUGGAUAAGGAUAGGGACCGGGAGAAGGGAAGGGACAGGGAGAAGGAGAAGGAGAAGGAGAAGGAGAGGGCAAGGGAUAGGGAUAGAGCGCGGGAGAAAGAAAGGGAGAGGGAGAAAGAAAGGGAGAGGGAGAAAGAGAGGGAAAGAGAGAAGGAGAGGGAGAGGGACAGAUACGAGAGGGAAAAGGAGCGAGAGAGGGAAAGGGAGAGAAGGGAGAGGGAAAGAGAAAAAGAGAGGGAAAGGAAAGAGAGGGAAAAAAUGCGGGAGAAGGAAAAAAGUCGAGCUAGGUCAUACAGUAGUGAUGAAGAUGUUAGGGAGCACGAGAAAAAAAGGCGCAGGAGAGAGGAAGAUCAUCAGCACAGGGACAUUGAACAUAGAAACAAGACGAGCCGGCACAAGGAUGGUGGUCAAGAGAGUUCCCUAAAAAAGAGUGAUGGUGACUUGGAGACCAAGAAAGAAGAGUCACGAGAAGAGGACUUCGCUGAAGAGCAGAGGAGACUGGCUGAGGAUAUGGAAAAGCGGAGAAGGAGAGUUCAAGAGUGGCAAGAGUUAAGAAGGAAGAAAGAGGAAUCUGAGAAAGAAAAACUCGGGGUGUCAACAACUCAUGAACCUGAGUCCGGGAAGGCAUGGACCCUUGAAGGUGAAUCUGAUGAUGAAGAAUCUGGCGAUCAGGGAAAAUCAGCAAUGGAUAUGGAUGAGGAUGAUGGGGCAGUGAAGCCCAUUGGUGAGGAUGGAAAUGACAUGUCCACUGAUCGUGAGAACGAGGCUGUUCCUGCUGUACAAAAUGGCGUUGACCAUGCUGAUGAAGAUGAUGAAAUUGAUCCGCUUGAUGCAUUUAUGAAUUCUAUGGUGUUGCCUGAAGUUGAGAAGCUAAACAGUAGCAUGGUGUCUGCUGCGAAUGAUACGGGUCCUGAUUUGGUUAAACCGAGGUUGGAACCCUCUAGAAAAGGGAAGAACAUAUCCACUGGAAGAAUUAUUCCUGGAGAAGAUUCUGAUUCAGAUUAUGGCGAUAUUGAGAAUGACGAAGAUCCUUUGGAGGAUGAAGAUGAUGAAGAAUUCAUGAAACGGGUGAAGAAAACCAAAGUUGAGAAGCUUUCAAUUGUUGACCAUUCCAAAAUUGAAUACCCUCCUUUCCGGAAGAAUUUUUAUAUUGAGUCGAAAGAAAUUUCCAGGAUGACCUCUGAGGAAGUGGCUUCAUUCCGUAAACAACUGGAAUUGAAGAUACAUGGAAAGGAUAUCCCGAAGCCAGUCAAAACAUGGCAUCAGACUGGGUUGUCAAGUAAGGUUUUAGAUACUAUUAAGAAGUUGAAUUAUGAAAAGCCAAUGCCCAUUCAAGCUCAGGCCUUGCCGAUAAUCAUGAGCGGUCGAGACUGUAUUGGUAUUGCAAAAACUGGUUCUGGUAAAACUCUUGCUUUUGUUCUGCCUAUGUUGAGGCAUAUUAAGGACCAACCUCCAUUGAUGUCGGGGGAUGGCCCUAUAGGGCUUAUUAUGGCACCCACGAGAGAACUUGUUCAGCAAAUUUACAGCGACAUCAAGAAGUUCGCGAAGGCUAUGGGUGUUAGCUGUGUGCCUGUGUAUGGAGGUUCUGGGGUCGCUCAGCAGAUAAGUGACUUGAAACGAGGGACUGAGAUUGUGGUAUGUACGCCAGGUAGAAUGAUUGAUAUUUUGUGUACAAGUGGUGGAAAGAUCACGAAUCUCCGCCGUGUCACUUACUUGGUCAUGGACGAAGCCGAUCGUAUGUUUGAUAUGGGUUUUGAACCUCAGAUUACGAGGAUCGUGCAGAACACACGACCAGAUCGCCAGACAGUGCUAUUUUCCGCCACUUUCCCUCGUCAAGUUGAAAUUUUGGCUCGUAAAGUUUUGAAUAAACCAGUUGAGAUACAGGUAGGAGGGAGGAGUGUUGUGAACAAGGACAUAACCCAACUGGUUGAGGUGAGGCCAGAAAGUGACAGGUUCCUCAGACUGUUAGAAUUGCUCGGAGAAUGGUACGAAAAGGGGAAAAUACUUAUCUUUGUCCAGUCACAAGAAAAAUGUGACUCAUUAUUCAAAGACUUAAUUAGGUCCGGAUACCCGUGCCUUUCUCUCCAUGGCGCAAAGGACCAAACGGACCGCGAAUCCACAAUAGCUGACUUCAAGAGCAAUGUGUGCAAUGUACUGAUUGCCACAAGUAUUGCAGCUAGAGGUUUAGAUGUGAAAGAGCUGGAGUUGGUCAUAAACUUCGACGUCCCCAACCACUAUGAGGAUUACGUCCAUCGUGUUGGUAGAACAGGCCGGGCUGGAAGAAAAGGAUGUGCUAUCACAUUUGUAUCUGAGGAGGACGCGCGAUACGCACCCGAUCUUGUGAAAGCCUUGGAAUUAUCCGAACAAACUGUACCGGAUGACCUUAAAGCCCUUGCUGAUGGAUUUAUGGCCAAAGUCAAUCAGGGGCUUGAGCAGGCCCACGGGACUGGUUACGGUGGCAGUGGUUUUAAAUUCAAUGAAGAGGAGGAUGAGGUGAGGAAGGCCGCGAAGAAAGCUCAGGCGAAAGAGUACGGGUUUGAGGAAGAUAAGUCGGACUCGGAAGACGAAGAUGAUGGGAUCAGAAAAGCCGGUGGUGAUAUUCCUCAUCAUGCUGCUUUGGCGCAAGCAGCUGCUUUAGCUGCCUCUAAAGUGGGCCCAGUCUCGACUCCAAUCUCAGCUGCUCAGCUUAUAACGAAUGGAUUGCCUGUUAUUGGUUCGGCUACCAUGGCGGCGGCCGUCAUGAAUUUGCAGCAUAACUUGGCGAAGAUUCAUGCGGAUGCAAUGCCUGAGCAUUAUGAAGCUGAACUGGAGAUAAAUGAUUUUCCGCAGAACGCCAGGUGGAAGGUCACACACAAGGAGACACUGGGCCCCAUAUCCGAGUGGACCGGGGCAGCCAUCACGACCAGAGGUCAGUAUUACCCUCCCGGCAAGAAUGUGGGGCCAGGAGAGAGGAAGCUGUACUUGUUCAUUGAGGGCCCGACUGAGCAGUCUGUCAAGAGGGCAAAAACGGAGCUCAAACGUGUGCUGGAGGACAUCACAAAUCAAGUGUCUUCACUUCCGGGAUCGGCUCAGCCAGGCCGGUAUUCGGUUGUCUAA